UGAGCCAGCGUUUGAUGAAGAUGUGAUAUUCAAAACAUCCAGUAAGAUGGACAACAUCACACAUCACACUACAGCUAUGUUACCUAACUUAAAGCCUGGGAUACUUCCCACUGACAUCACGAUCGUUGCGCCCUCUGGAGCUGACGAUACUAACACUUCAGUAUCAAAAGAAACAUUUCUGAGAAACAGCUUUUCUGCGGUCAGGAAAUUUAAUCCACAACAACGUAUUUUUCAAGCUUAUAACAUCCACCAUCUUUCUGAUAUGGAGCAAGUGAUAGAAAACAAAACAGAUGUUGCAAUGAAAGACACAUCCGGUAAGAUGUCUUCUCUUCCAAACAAACGUAGCUAUUGUAAAAUGACGGGAGAACUGAGAUGUAACCCUCAACCAACAACCAUGAUUUGUCGAGGAAGGACAAAAUGUGUCGUUUAUAAGGCCGGACGUGAACUAGAAGACUGGGAGAUUGGUGUAAUUGCUCUGCUUACUGUAGUUGGUCUGUUACUACUGGUGGUACUACUCGGCGUUUUUUACACAUCCUGGAAGAAACUGAAAGUUCGACCAAACCAAGGAAGUAACGACCAACUAAACUCUCACGAAAGUGCAUAAAGAAUCAACUUACACAGAUAAUAUGUAUUUACAUUGUAGAAAUUAAUAAUGGUGAACAUUUAUUUAACAGUAAUAAACAUGUACCAUUUACUUUAGUGAGUAAGAACAGCCUAACAGUGACAAACAAGUGUCCCUUACUUUAGUCAGUAAGAACUACCUAACAAUAACAAACAAGUAUCCUUUACUUUAGUUAGUAAGAACAACCGAACAAUGACAAACAAGUGCCCAUUACUUUAGUUAGUAAGAACAACCGAACAAUGACAAACGAGUGCCCUUUACUUUAGUCAGUAAGAGCAACCUAACAAUGACAAACAAGUGCCCUUUACUUUAGUUAGUAAGAACAAUCGAACUAUGACAAACAAGUGUCCUUUACUUUAGUUAGUAAGAACAACCUAACAAUGACAUACAAGUACCCAUUACUUUAGUCAGUAAGAACAACCUGACUGUGAAAAAAGUGUCAUUUACUUUAAUCAGUAAGAA